AUGGCAGACUCUUUGGCAACAUUGGCUUCCAUGAUUAAAGCUAACAAACAAGAGGAUGUGAGACCAAUUCAUAUGAGCAUUUCUGAGGUUCCAGCUCAUUGCUGUAACAUCGAAGAGGAGGAAAAGGAUGACCAUCCUUGGUAUCAAGAUAUAUUACGGUAUGUGAAAAAUCGUGAAUAUCCUGAACAGGCAACUGAGAAUGACAAAAGAACUUUGAGAAGGUUAGCCUGCUUAUAUAUACUAGAUGGGGAUAUCCUUUAUAAAAGAAGGAAAGAUCAGAUAAAGCUAGAUGAAGCAGAAUGGAUUCAAUCACGGUAUGGCCAAUUGAACUUGAUCGAAGAAAAGAGGCUAAAAGCUAUUCGCCAUGGUCAAAUGUAUCAGAAGUGA